UGGGAGGAAAUAAAAAUUUAGAAAUACCACAAAUAUUGCUCCAUAGAACCAAGCAUGCCCGGUCCCUCUUACUCCUUCACGCCCACCGCCACAUACCACCUCCUCCUCCUCUCCGCUGCGUCCUUGUGAUCUCAGUAGAAGGUAAUAGCAAACAGAAUAGGAAAAGGAACAAGAUUCGCAGAGCCCGAUUCCUAUGCUCUGAUAAUUUAGUGACGCCCAGAGGAAGAGAAAAAAAUAGAAAGAGAGAGAAAUGGGAGGAGGAGAAAGAGGAGAAUACAGCGAUGAAAAUCAUAUGUUGAUAUCAAACAGUAACAGAGGAGAACACGACGAUGGUGGAGAGGACUUGGAAGAUCAAGGCAUCAUCAGUACGCCUAGUCGUCUCAGCAAAGGAGGAAGCGGCGGUGCUAUUAAGGAUCUCAUCCUCAAACAUUUGGAUCGAGGCCUUUCUGGUCGCCGUCUCUCCAGUUUCAAGCGUCUCGAUAGAGAUACUAACAGAGAUAUGUCGCUGCAUUCUCAUUCUCGUAAUCAUAGUCAUAAUCAUGAGGAUUUUGGCGGACAUCAUGGUGAUGAUGAUGAUGUUCUCGGGGAUAGCGCACCUCCCGAGUGGGUUUUGCUUCUUAUUGGUUGCCUUCUUGGCCUUGCCUCCGGUCUCUGUGUCGCUGCUUUUAAUAAAGGGGUUCACGUAAUACAUGAAUGGGCUUGGGCUGGGACUCCUAAUGAGGGUGCUGCAUGGCUUCGUCUACAGAGAUUGGCUGACACUUGGCAUCGAAUUCUUUUGAUACCAGUAACAGGGGGGGUUAUUGUUGGGAUGAUGCAUGGCUUAGUGGAAAUAUUAGACCAAAUAAGACAGUCCAGUCCUUCCCAAAGACAAGGUGUUGAUUUGGUUGCUGGAGUUUUCCCCACGAUAAAGGCCAUUCAAGCUGCUGUUACUCUCGGUACUGGUUGUUCUUUGGGUCCUGAAGGCCCUAGUGUUGAUAUUGGAAAAUCCUGUGCCAAUGGACUUUUAUUAAUGAUGGAAAACAACAGAGAAAGGGAGAUAACUCUUGUUGCAGCUGGUGCGGCAGCUGGGAUUGCUUCAGGUUUCAAUGCAGCUGUUGCUGGUUGUUUCUUUGCUAUUGAAACUGUGUUAAGGCCACGGCGUGCUGAAAAUUCACCUCCAUUUACAACUGCAAUGAUAAUAUUGGCUUCUGUUAUAUCAUCAACUGUAUCAAAUGCCUUACUUGGUACACAAUCAGCUUUUACAGUGCCACCUUAUGAUUUGAAAUCUGCUGCUGAAUUACCUUUGUACCUGAUCUUGGGCAUGCUCUGUGGUGUUGUAAGUGUGGCCUUUACUCGCUUGGUCUCUUGGUUCACCAAGUCAUUUCAGUUUAUCAAGGAAAAAUUUGCCCUUCCUGCUGUUGUUUGUCCUGCUUUAGGUGGUUUAGGAGCUGGGAUAAUUGCUCUCAGGUAUCCUGGGAUACUGUACUGGGGUUUCACAAAUGUUGAAGAAAUUUUACGUACUGGGAAGAGUGCUUCAGCUCCAGGAAUCUGGUUGUUAACCCAACUAGCAGUAGCCAAAGUUGUGGCUACAUCUCUUUGCAAAGGUUCAGGUCUUGUGGGUGGUCUUUAUGCACCGAGUUUGAUGAUUGGUGCUGCUAUUGGUGCUGUAUUUGGGGGUUCAGCUGCUGAAGUUAUCAAUUCGGCCAUUCCUGGAAAUGCUGCUGUUGCUCAGCCUCAGGCAUAUGCAUUGGUUGGAAUGGCUGCUACAUUAGCUUCAGUUUGUUCGGUGCCAUUGACAUCGGUUCUCCUUUUGUUUGAGUUGACGAAAGACUACAGGAUAAUUCUUCCCCUCAUGGGGGCUGUUGGAUUAGCAAUAUGGGUUCCUUCUGUGGCCAACCAGGCAAAAGAGACUGAAGCAUCUGAUACACAUGCUUUGACAAGAGGUUAUUCCUCUCUUUCAGAUUCUGAAGAUAUGAAUGAAAUCUGGAGAAGAAUUGAUGGUGGAGAUGAUCUAGAACUCUCCAUCAUGGAAAAUACUUCUGAUCAUGAAGCAAUCAAUCAAGAUUGGCUUUUGGAAGAUCUGAAGGUUUCUAGGGCCAUGUCAAAGAACUAUGUUAAGGUUUCAUUGGCCUCAACUCUGAAAGAAGCCAUAGAGUGUAUGCAUAACAGCAAGCAGAAUUGUGUGCUUGUGGUUGAUGAUGAAGAUUUACUGGAUGGAAUGCUAACAUAUGGUGACAUUAGGCGGCUGUCUAAUAAGUCUGAUGAAGCUCCCAUAGGGGAUUCAACAAUUACAGAUGUAAAUACCUGUCUUGUUUCAUCUGUUUGUACCCGAGGGAUAAGCUACAGAGGCCAAGAUCGUGGGCUUUUGACCUGCUAUCCAGACACUGAUUUGGCAAUUGCCAAGGAGCUAAUGGAGGCCAAAGGGAUCAAGCAGUUGCCUGUUGUUCAGAGGUGUAGAGGUUUCUGGAAAGAAAGGAAACGAAGAAUUGUUGCUAUUCUUCAUUACGAUUCUAUUCGGAACUGUCUCAGAGAGGAGAUAGCUCGUAGGAAGGCCAUGUAUCAGCAUAGAAAAGAGAGUGGUCUAAUUGAAAGCAGCCAUUAAUGUGGCAAAGUUGCUUGUCAAAUUUAAGUUACUUUGGACGACCGUGCAAGGGACAGGUAGGAAGAGAGAUCAUGGUUGCGGAUGACAGGUAUAUACAUGUUUUGUUCCGAUGAUUGAGAAAUGAAAACAUUACCAUAUAUAUAUAUAUAUGAUGGCUUUAGCUAUUGUCUAAGGUUAGUUGUAGCAAAUUGCAUUUUGUAUAUGAAAAUUUAUUUAGUUAUAUUCCAAUGUUAUCAAAAAGGAAAAGAAGGAACUUGUCAAUAGUUGAAUUACAA